UCUGGGAGCAUUACUCUUCACGUUCAGAUGAGUGUGAUGGAUGUAAGAAGUGCAACGUGACCACGCUGACGUAACAACAUGACGACGAACGAAGCCAUGCUUGUUGAUAUAACUGUGCACCAAACAUCAAGGUUCAGUUCAAGGCGACUUAGGAAUUUCAUUUUGGUGCCGGAUACAUUCUUGAUCUAUAGUUGUAGUAUUUGCAGGGUGCAUUGUCGUAAAGCGAGCAUAAAAACAGGAAUUGCACCAAAGCAAACACAGAUCGGGUUUGAAGGCCUUGAAUAAAUUCCCACCGCUUAGCUAAGAGGAGCGAUGAACCAAGCACCCGAGAAUGAGUGCAGCCAAGGAGUAUGCAAGGUGGCUAGAAGACCUGCUUCUCUACCGAGUCCAUUCAUACAUACAAGGAUGGAGAUCAAUCCAGCAGAUUUGACGGCUGAUCUUCAAGGAGUACAAGCUGCAGGGUCUACGUUUGGCAACGAAUCACGUCUAAAGUAUGGCAGGCUCCUGAUCCCAGGAGAGUGCGACAAAGAGGAUCACAAUGGAGCAGCAGAGAAAAGUUACCAGCGUAAAAGCUUGCUGAAGAGAAGAAGACAUAGUGAGCCUCUUCACUCUGCCCAUGCAGAAGCACAGCUCAAUUCCACAGGAAGUUCUGCUGAUUCUUCUGGAUCAAGCCUGUUGUUGGAAAACCACAACACGAGAAACUUCCGCAAAAAAGAUAUUACAGCAGCUAAGGCAUUUUUUCCCGACUUUUUCCCUCAACAACCCUUACGAGACAGGUACGAUUGCUUACAUUCGCAUCCAACCUUGGAACAGAUUUUUUCAGGUCAGAUUAAGUCUUAACGAUCUUGAGUACUAAGACACUAAUGAAAAACUGUUCUGAUUGGUGGUUUUUACAAUCUAGAUACUUUCAGACGUUUCCUAGAAACGAUAAAGCUCUGAAUGUGUAGAAAAACAAAGCAAAUUAAAAUUUGUAUAGCCUUACUUGAAUUUAAUAUUUCAAGGAUCUAAUCACCAAGUGAACUUAGAACAGCAUCCGUGCAAUAAAUAUAACAGUUUAUGCGAGAUGUACACGUGACUCAGUGAAAUCAUCAGUUUAUUAUAAAGUUUAUGGUGUUGAUUAA